CAAAAAAAAUGUCUUGAAAUACAUGCCGAAUAUUAUCAAGGAAUUUCAAAUCUCUUAAAAGAUACUGAUGUCUCAUUAUUCUUGGCUGCACCAUCCCCGGGAAUCGAUCCUCUUCAAAUAAUCAACGAGACAGGAAUGGUAAUUAGUGGUAUGCUUGCUCCUGGCAUGAGUGGAUAUUCGGUUGGCAACCAAAAUUAUAGCAAUAAAAGAUUAAAAAGACAUAUUGGGGAUGAUGUUGAAAUAAGCGGUGAGGAGGCUUAUAAUUCCGAAAAUCAAAGACAUAAACAUAGGCGAGCGCCAAGACAACUUUGGACUGAUGAUGAAGUAGAACGAUUAAAAGCUGCUUACGAUAAACAUAACGGCGACUGGGAAUUAAUUAUCAAAGAAUUCGAACCUGAAAGAACUAGUUCAAACUGUCCUACUUGGUUCACUAAACAAUACAAGAAAGGCAUUAUUGAUGAAAGCGCACGCCAAAUGGGGCUUCGAGCUGUUGAAUCUGGAAAAUUGAUUGACCUGACAAAAUCGAAUACGAUCAUUGAGUAUCAUAAUUCACAAAUGUUGGGCAGUGAAAAUAUUGACGAUGAAGGAGCUGAAUACGAGCAAGAAAACGCUGAUCACGACCCUUGGCAAGAAGAAGGCAAUGACGUUGCACCAAAUCUUUUCGAUUCGACAAAUCAACUUUCUGACAAUGCUUCAUUAGACAAAAGUAUGCACGCAACAAAUAGUCUUCCAACUGAUCAAAUGCGUCGAAAUGAUGGCAAGUUAAGAAAUUUGUAUACAAUUCCAUUUUUUUUGAGAAGUGGACGAAGAUAUCUGCCAUUCUUUACUUUAUUCGGAAUUAUGUUCAUAAUUACAUCAGUAACUAUUGUAAACAUAUUUAUGAGCGAUGAAUUAAUUAUUGAAAGUAGAACUUUUGAACCACAACCUUAUAUAGGUUUACAUCCAAAUGUAAAACCAAUUCUUCCAAAAGGUUCAUCAAUUUACCAUGUUAGUAAAGAAUUUGGAACGGCUACGAUGGGUGGAUUAGGACAUGUUGUUACAGCUUUGGCGGAGGGACAAUCUAUGAACAGCCGGUUGAAUAUCAAUGUUAUAAUACCAUCUUAUAGUUUUUUACAAACACUGUACAAGUGUGAAUUUUACGCUCAUUUAUCAAUUAAAAUUCAAAAUAGUUAUGGUGAAUGGAAACCUGUCAACUUCGGAGUUCUAAGGUUUUUAUGGAAUGUUAACGAAAAUCCUGAUAUCCUCAGCGAUAACCCACCACAAUUACGAAGAAUUUGGGUUUACAUAAUUGAACCCUCCACAAAUUAUCCACCUUUUGAUUUGGCUUUUCGAGCAUCCAGUGCUCUUGAAAUAUAUUCAGCGCCACAAGGAUUACCUCAGGAAUGGAUGAAUUUAUAUUUUUGUAAAGCAGUUGCCGAACUUAUAACAUACUUGGAUAAGCAUGCGGAAACACCACUUUUUGCUCGACUUGAUAAUAGAGGAGUAGACGUUGUGCAUCUUCAUGGAGCAACGAAUGCAUUGGUGAUAGAUUUUCUCAGAGAAUUAUAUGAUGAAGACCAGUAUAGCAAACCAUCACCUCCAAUCGUUUAUACUAUGCAUGAUUAUUUAGAAGAGCAAUUAUAUUCAACUCUACUUGCCAACUUUAAAAUGUUCAGGAAUUCAAGUAACGAUAUUAAUAGUAUUGAUGAAUAUUUAAACUAUAUUCAUGGUCGUCGAUUUUAUCCAUCAGCUCUUGCAAUUGAUAGAGCCCAAAUAAUAACCUUUGUUUCUGAAACCAUGGCAAAAGAAAUGGUAGAGGGAUCUUUAGAUUUUCGUGCAAAGGAAUUAAUUAUGCCGAGUAUUCUUCAUCGUGCAUCAAAAG